CUCAAACUCCUCAAAAUCCGACAUUUUCCCACACAAGUGCAAAUCUAGGUUUGAAGUGCGAGUCAGCGAGGUCCAGCUCAAUUUUCCAGUCAUUCUUCCUGUGUCAAAGCAUGGCAAAUAUCAUGUUUGCGAUCAUCCAUCACAUCAUCCCAUCACACCACACCGCACACACAAGAACAUAGAGAACUAUGCUGCUUUCAAAAAACGCCGGCCUCCCAAAAACCAUGCCUCAAGAAAUGUGACACUCGGUGUCCACCAACCCCCUUCUCUGCUUCUACGUCAUGGAUAUCUGGCCUUGCCAUGUGCACAACAUACAUGGAACAUGACUGAGUCAGCUGUGUGCUAUUAAAAGACCUCCCAGUCCCAUAGCGCUGCCCUGUGGGUCCAUUGCUGUCUGGAAAAUGGGCAGCUAGGGGGGAGAUUUCGGGUAACUCCUGGACAUCAAGAAGAUUCAAUCUCCUGAAGCAGUGCAAAUAUAUUUAAGUUUCAAGGGUCCAGAACAGCAAUCAUAAUGGAGGAAUUUCUUAUGGGGAUGGAUUGGACCACCGUGCUGCUUGUGCCGGCGGUGAUCGUGAUAACAGCCGGGAUCUUUUACCUGUACAGCACGGCGCUCAGGCUAAUGUCCACAACCACGGUGCGGAACAAAGUGGUGGUCAUUACGGACUCCGUGUCUAUACUAGGGAAUGAGUGUGCCAAGGUCUUUCACAAGGGAGGUGCCAGGCUGGUGCUCUGUGGGAAAAGCUGGGAGAAGCUGGACGCUCUCGCUGAGCAGCUGGCUGAGGACUGUGAUCCCGCUGUGACUUUCCCUCCCAAACUGGUAAUGCUGGAUUUCAGUGACUUGGAGGAUCUACCGGAAGUGAUCUGCGAGGUGUUGGAAUGCUACGGUUGCCUGGACGUCCUCAUCAUCAACGGCAGCAUGAAGGUGAAAGCCCCUGUGCAGAACCUGUCUUUGGAGACGGAUAAGGCCAUCAUGGACAUUAACUACUUUGGACCCAUUACUCUGGCCAAAGGUAUUUUACCAUCCAUGAUCUCCAGGAGGGGCGGACACAUUCUGCUAAUCAAUAGCAUCCAGGGGAAGCUGGCACUGCCAUUCCGCACCACAUACGCUGCCUCCAAGCAUGCUGUGCAGGCUUUCUUUGACUGUCUGCGUGCCGAGGUUCAGGAGUAUGGCAUCUCUGUGAGCACCAUUAGCCACACCUUCAUCAGCCCUCCGGCCCCAGCCGAGGAGAUCCCUGCUCCAGCAGAAGAGAUCCCUGCUCCCACAGAGGAGAUCCCUGCCCCGGCAGAGGAGACCCCUGCCCCAGCGGAGGAGAUCCCUGCCCCAGCAGAGGAGAUCCCCGCCCCAGCAGAAGAGAUCCCUGUUCCCGCAGAAGAGAUCCCUGCUCCCGCCGAGGAGAUCCCCGCCCCAGCAGAAGAUAGCCCCGCCCCAGCGGAGGAGAUCCCUGCUCCAGUGGAGGAGACCCCUGCUCCCGUAGAGGAAACCACUGCUCCCGUAGAGGAAACCCCCACUCCAGCAUCUCCCAAGAAAGUCUUUUCCCUUGGCAUCGCCCCUGAGACCAUGGCCGCCGAGAUCGUGAAAACAUUGAGCACCAAGAAGAAAGAGGUUGUCCUGGGCCGGACCUUUUCAAAAGCGGCGAUCUACGCACGUGCCUUCUUUCCGAACUUUGUCUUUUCAGUGAUGGCCGCAGGAGUGCAGAGCAGUGAUUUGAACCAUGACUUAUAACAUGGAUACAACAGAAUUCACACUUUUCAGCCAUAUGAUAAAUAGCCAGGGCUAGUGGAGGUUAAACGCAAGUAAACACAGUUUAACCAACUCUGAAAUUUCAGGAAGAGAGUUGAUCCACCUCGCAAAACAGUUUAUUCACCAAUUGCAACUUUUAACAUUCAAAAACCACACUGUACUAUCCACAUUUACAAAAUGUAGGCCUCCUCUAUCAACGCUCUAGGAACCAUUUUAUACCACUGUAUUGUUAUGAACAUGUGAAAAUAACCAUCAGCAAACAUGUUCUGAAUGCCUUUUUCAAAAAUCUGACACCACAUGGUGCAGUCCACCUUACCGUGAUCACACAAUUUAUAGUUUUACCCACCUCUAAUAUUAUCACUACACCCUGUAAAUUACAGAUUGCACAAUGCUUGGAGUUACAUCAGCUCCCAGGGGACUACUGAUUUUCUUAAGAUGUAGGCUAUGAUGAAAAAGUCAAGAGGUUCUAGUAUUGUUGAGAAGUUUGGAUCAUAGACAUCGCAUAGGUAUUGUGGUGUUAAAAUGAUUGAAGAAAAUUGUGUUACUGAUAUUGUAAUAAUGACAAUGCCGCUGAAA